AUGGAUAUCGAGACCAUCCCUGGGCCGACAGUAGGAAGCAAACAAAGGUUUUUCCGGCUAUAUGUUUGCUUUCAUGCGCAGAACGAGACUUGGAAGACUACUUGUAGACGCAUAAUAGGUUUAGAUGGGGCAUUUCUAAAGUGGGACAUAAAGGGUCAUCUCUUGGCUGCUGUAGGGCGUGAUGGAGACAAUCGGAUUGAUGGCAAAGGCUAUGCUAUUUUGUCUGACAAACAGAAGGGUUUAGUGAAAGCAGUCCACACUAUUCUUCCAGAGGCAGAGCAUAGACAGUGUUGUAGACACAUCUUCGAUAAUUGGAAGAAAAACAGCCAUGACAUGACGCUACAAAGACUCUUCUGGCGCAUUGCAAGGAGUUAUACAGCUGGGGAUUUUAAAAUGUGGAGUGACAAGCUGAAAGACUACAAUCCAGGCACCUAUGCUACUCUUCAAGUCACCAAACCAGAAACUUGGUCCAGAGCAUAUUUCAAAUUAGGGACCUUGUGCAACGAUAACCUCAAUAACCUAAGUGAGUCCUUCAACAGAACCAUCCGUGAAGCAAGAAGAAAGCCAUUAUUGGAGAUGUUAGAAGCUAUAAGGAGACAGUGUAUGGUUCGAAAUGCGAGAAGGGCCUUAAUAGCUAAAAAUGCGAAGACAAAGUUCACAAAGAGGACACAUCUUCAAAUGGCUAAAGUGGAGUCCAGGUCUAAGGAUUGUAUGAGCUGGCCAGCAGUUGGUCCAGUCACAGAGGUUGAUUAUGGUGGUGUGUCUUAUGCUGUAGAUAUGGAUGAGCUAACUUGUGGAUGUAUCCAGUGGCAAAUGACUGGAAUUCCUUGCAUUCAUGCCGCCUAUGUGAUCCUUAAGGAAGGUAAAAAACUUGCUGACUUUGUAUCUCCUUGUUACACCAUAGCUAUGUGGCGUCAAACCUAUAGAAUGGGGGUAAUGCCUGUUCAAGGGAAGAAGUUAUGGCCUGAGACGGGUAGAUUAGGUAUCCUGCCACCACCUUGGAGAAAAGGAAACCCGGGAAGACCAAAGAACCAUGAUAGGCAUAAAAGUAAGGGUGAGACAGAUUCACAGAAGAAGGGUCCGACAGUCUCUGCAACUGAUAGUUCGAAGCUUACUCGUGCUGAUCGAGUUGUUACAUGUUCUAAUUGCAAGCAAGAAAAUCAUAACAAGAAGACAUGUAAGAAUGACUUUGUUGAAAGUCAACCCAAGAAACCAAGAGGUCGUCCUAGGAAAAAUCCGGUUCAGUUUCAUGCAUCAUCAUCACAACCAAGCCAGGGACAGUCACAAGGGUCAGAUAGAUGGGAACAAGCCACACAUGCGCCACGAAGCUCAGAUGCGUCGGGUUGGGGACGAUGGUUUUAA